CAAUCGAUCACUCGAACGGCGUUCGGGCCGAUUUCUUGCGCACGAAACAGCACCAAGACAUGCUCUCCGUGCUGAUUAUCUCCUGCCAGAUAACCAUCUUGAUAAUCUACGCCAGCAUUUCGCAAAUUUCUACACUUUGUUUACGAAAUAAUGGCUCUGUUGUCUUCUUUCCUCGGGCGAGCGGAGUGCAACAACCAGCAACCAGCCGAGCAAUCCAAUCCAGCAAAACCCCAAAUCGUUCGCCGUCUUCCCACUUGCGCCACCUUGGCCAAGAUUUCGGUAUUACUUACAGCGACGUGAAGCUUGCUACAAAAGUACAACAACGAUGCAUUAUAGUGUUGGAGGCAUCGCGGCCAGAGCUGGCCAGAGCGCGCCAGUUUCAAAUUUAGGUGUAGUGUUUACAAAAAUCACGUGUGUGCGAAUGUGCGUUCGAUUACGAUGAGUUUGGAAUUCGAAAAAAUGAGUGAAUUGGAACCUAAUCAGCAGAUUUUGAAGUCAAAAGUGAAGGAUAAGGACGAUAACUUCAAACUUAAGGCUGGAAUUUUCCUUGGUGGCGUUUGUGGCAUGUCAGCCUUGUUCGGAUUCAGCACCACCCUGGCCGCAUCCAAGAAAAAAGACCCUGAAUUUUUUGACAAAGGUCUCACCCGACACACAAUGGGCAACAAGGGUGUACACGAGGCAGGAGCCACCCUUGCAAUGCGGGCCCUUGGUUGGGGGACUUUUUAUGCCGUCACGGGCUGUGGAGUUCUUUUCUACUCCGUUUGGAAAAUGUUAGGUGUUAACAACCUCCACGAAUUCAGAAUGAAAAUGGGAAACAUACUUCCACGGAUACCGAAAAAUGAUCCGCCGCAAGGAAGAACUGAGUUUGAAAACUUAACAGACUUGUUGAGAUAUGUGAGUGAAGAAGGCAGCAAGAAAAAAGAGUAAAAAAAAAAAAAACUAGCUGCAUUGAAAAGGAAAAAGUUUUAAACUAUAAUGCAUGUUGUGUAGUUACAAGUGCUGUGAUGGAAUAAUUUAUUGACUUUGAAACAAGUGAACACAUUUAAUGACAUAGUCGAAUUAAAUUACAGAUGGAAUUAUAAAACAUUUAGAGAUUGUUUACAAAAUUUAUGAUUCAUUCGUAUUUCAAGCGUCCUGAUUGAUAUCCGUUCCGAUUACAAAAUUGUGCAGGCCUUUGACUAAAAUAGAAGAAUGAGUAAAUAAUAUUAAAAAAAAUUAUCAUAUUUAACCUUUUUAACAGCUGUCAAGAGAUUUCCAGUGCUACUGGACAUUGCUUUAGCCUGGUCUGUAAUUUACAAAAUUAGAUUUUUAUUUUAAAACAUUUUAAAUUGCUGCCCUACCAUUAAGCGCUCCGUCUCCAUCUGUAGUCUUCUCAUUCAGGUGUAGUAAGGACUUGACCUUCCUUAUGUUGCCUCCAAAAAACUCCGAGAUUUUCCCUCCAAUCGCCUGCAUCGUUUGUUUUGCUCCCAUGUGGACCUCGUCAAUGACACCCUCAGCCUUACCAACUAUUUCCUUCACUAUUGUCUCCUCCAUGGCCUCAUCUUGAGGCUCUGGCAUUUCAGGCUAGAAAUUUUUUAGGCAUAAUUGAUUGUUUCGUUAAUUCUGUUCAAGUUAAUUACCUCAGGUGUUUCCAUUGGGCUCUCCCUUACGGGCGUCUCCUCAGCUUCUGCAACAACCUCUUCACUCAUUGCUGCAGGCUCCUCGGACUCUUCAGCAGCUGGACUUGUGUCCUCACCGCCCUCGGCAGGGUCCUGAGGUUCAUCAGGGAUCAUGCCUGGCAGCAUCUCGUCUUCAUUUUGCGUCAUUUCCGGGGCUUCGUUUUCCAUAUUCUCAUUAUCAGACAUCAUGGCUUUCACCUCCUUUAAAGAUUUUAUUUUAUUUAUUUAAUUAUACAUAUUGAAUAAAUAAAUUAUUUCCAUCUCAAUCGAAUUGAUCAUACAUUACAAGAAUAAAGCUUAAAUAGAUUUUUUUUUAAUUCG